GGGACGGGGUCCCCCCCAACCCGGCCGCUGAGCGCAGCGGCAGCCCCGCCCGCCCCCGGUAUCUCCGGGCCCCGUCUGGCGCUCGGUCCCGCGCAGCGGGAGGACGGCAGCCGCACACGGGGAGCCCCGGCCGCACGGCAGCUCCACGAGGUCCGCGGCGAGGGAACGCCCGGCGCCUCCCGACGUACUUUGUCCCGCGGGAUAGGCCCGGCCCCGCGGCGGGUCCCGGUGGGCGCGACCGGCGGGGCGUUCACCCGCCGCCCGUCGCCGUCAUCGGGAGCGCUGGGCUGGCCCGUGGGGUCAGCUGAACGAGGCGGCUUCGCACCCACGCCGAGACGCCGGUUCCUGGGCACAUACUGGAGGGAGCGCGGUGCCACCAAGACCCCUCGGCCCUGCAGGAUGUCCCAACCACCCUCCUUUACCCUCCACGUCUCUGAGGACACCGGGAGCGAUGGGUGUGUCGAGGAGCCAAGCCCGGACAACGAAGGAGCCCUGCACACCUCCUUCCACCAGCUCAUCCAGGAGCAGAGCAGCUUGAUGGAGGCAGGUCUGGAGCUGGAGAUGCAGGAGAGGGGCAGAGAGCCCCUGGUCCGCCUGGCCCCCCUGGACACCAGUGCUGCAGCCUGGCCAGAGACUGGGCAGGGCAAGCAGCGCCCUGGGUACUCCUCCGCUUCUCUGCGGAUCGUCGCCAGCAUGCCCAGCCGCACCAUCGGGCGCAGCCGUGGGGCCAUCAUCUCCCAGUACUACAACCGCACGGCGCGGCUGCGGCGCCGGAGCAGCCGCCCGCCACUGCAGCAGCUCUGCCGCGCGGCGCGGCCCAGCCUGCGGCUGUAUGACCUGGAGAGCGACCCUGCCAUGGCCACGCUGCAGGAGAAGCGGAGCCUGCUGGUGAAGGAGCUGCUGAGCCUCUCGCCCAGCCAGCGCAGCCACAUGCUGCUCACCGUGCCCCUCUGCCUGGCAGAGAAACGCGCCCUCCGGCAGGAGCUGAGCGGGCAGAGGGGCCCCCUGAGGCACUGCACCCAGCACCAGGCGCCCUCUCCCUGCGGAGGGUCCAAGGACCACAUUGUCCUCUGCUGCCGGGAGCUCUGGUACAGGCUCCUGUCCCUGCUCCCUGCCACGCAGCCCUGGCACUACGCACUGAAGCAGAUCAGUGGCCGCUUUGGCUCCAGUGUCCUCUCCUACUUCCUCUUCCUCAAGACGCUCCUUUUGUUCAACAUCAUCUCAUUCCUCAUCCUCCUGGUCUUUGUGGUGGCCCUGCAGGCUGUGUAUCCUCCUGCCUCGGCCAACCCCCAGCCCUUCACUGGCCUCGAGCUCCUCACAGGAGCGGGCUACUUCACUCACUCGCUGCUCUACUACGGCUACUACAGCAACACCACCCUCAACAGCCCCUGCACCUCCAGCCCCAGCAUGUGCCACCUCGCAGGCCCCCCGCUCCCAUACAACAUGCCCCUGGCCUAUGUGUCCAGUGUUGGGGUCUCCUUCCUCAUCACCUGCAUCCUGCUGGUGUACAGCAUGUCCCGCUCCUUCGGGGAGAGCUACUGUGUGGGCAGCUCCUCCCGGGACCUGCCCGUCAAAGUCUUCUGUGCCUGGGACUUCAAGGUGGUCCAGAGGCGCUCGGUGAAGCUGCAGUGUGAAAACAUCUGCACCCAGCUGAAGGAGCUGCUGGCGGAGCAGCGCUCCCGCUCCCGCUCCCGGAGCCUCUGCCAGCGCCUGGGCCGCGCCGCGGUGCUGCUGCUGGCCUGGCUGCUGUCGCUGGGCACGGUGCUGGGCUGCGCCGUGGCUGUGCACCACUUCUCGCAGCACAUGCACACGGUCCAGCAGGACCACCGGGCGCAGGGAGGGGGGGAUCGGCAGCAGGAAGCCCUCUUGCUGGCCCUGCCGCUCGUGGUGUCUGUCCUCAACGCGGUGAUGCCCCAUCUGUACAACCUGCUGGCGGCGUGGGAGAGGCAGGACUCCCCCGGGGCUCAGGUCUACGUGGCCAUUUGCAGGAACCUCAUUCUGAAGAUGGUGGUGCUCGGUCUGCUCUGCUACCAGUGGCUCAGCCGGAGGGUUGUCUGCUCAAUGGAGGAGUGCUGGGAGACGUGUGUGGGGCAGGACCUGUAUCGCUUCGUGGUGAUGGACUUUGUAUUCACACUGCUGGACACGCUCCUGGGGGAGCUGGUCUGGAGGCUCGUCUUGGAGAAGAGGCUGAAGAGGAACCAGAAGCCCGAGUUUGACAUCGCACGGAACGUGCUGGAGCUGAUCUAUGGGCAGACCCUGACCUGGCUGGGUGUUCUCUUCGCGCCGCUCCUGCCGGCCGUGCAGGUCCUGAAGCUGCUGCUGCUGUUCUACAUCAAAAAGACCAGCCUGAUGCACAACUGCCAGUCCCCCAGCAAGCCCUGGCAAGCGUCUCACAUGAGCACCGUUUUCAUCACCCUGCUCUGCUUCCCGUCCUUCCUGGGUGCAGCCGUCUUCCUCUCCUACACCAUCUGGUCGGAGCAGCCAUCAGAAACCUGUGGCCCCUUCCAGGGGCUGGAAACCAUCUACAAGUCAUGGCAGACCUGGGUGCAAGUGCUGGAGAAGUCCAACCCCAACAUCACCUGGUUUGCCUGGGCCCAGCAGCACCUGGUGGAAAACCCUUUCCUCCUGUUCUUUAUGUCUGGGGUCCUGCUAGCCGGGAUCUACUUCAACAUCCAGGUGGUGAGAGGCCAGCGGAGGGUCAUCCGCCUGCUGAAGGAGCAGAUCGCCAACGAAGGGGAAGAUAAAGCCUUUCUCAUUCAGAAGCUUCACUCCGUGUAUGAGCAGAGGGAGAGACGCACCUGAGCCCCAGUGUCAGACGCGCCAGGAAGGAGCAAGACGGGACAGGACUCUGCUCGCAGCCAGGGGAUGGAUCUGUCUGUCUUUCUAAGCCAUUGCAGCGCUGGAGUGCUGGGGAGGAUCCUCUCCUUUGGGUUGCAGUGGUCAAGGACCCAUCAGAGCACAGGGACAUGGGUGCUCCCACUGCCUGGAGCUGCUGAGGAUGCAGCAGCACCGCAGGGCACAGUGCUGCCCGGGCUGGGGCUCUUCUCCAUGGGUGGUUACUGUCAGCAGAGAACAACGCUCCCUCCCGUGAGCACCCCAGGACAGCUUUGGGCUGUUUUCAGAAGCCUUUGGGGACAGUGACGGUUUCUGGCUGGAGAGAACCUGCAGCCCCAUUGCAUUGCCCAGGAGCAGCCCCAGCACAGCUCCAGCCCCAUGUUCCGCCAGGAGGAGAGGAGCUGGACACCGCCUUCCCCAUGUACAAGGCCACCCAUGUCCCCCCUGGCCAGUCACUGUGUGCUGUCCGCAGGACGGGCUCAAAAAACCACCAUGGUGCUGAGGACCGGGCAGAGGACGUGGGGGCUCUGGCUCCCUCGCCGCAGGCUGAGCUGCCCAUUAAACACAGCCAUGCCCGGGG